AUGCCGUUCGUUUCAAAGCUCGCGUCUUUACCCUUGCAGAAAUGCAGUAUUCUAGACUUCCUCUUCCCUUCGGAUCAAGGUAUCUCCGACAAGCCGCUAUGGAUAGAUGCCAGAGACCCGUCGCACUGGCAGUCCCCCAAGAGUGCCUUGGCUCUGGCCAGGAGACUCGGUUUCGGGCUUCAACGCUUAGGGGUCCAGCCAGGGGAUAGAUGCUUGCUCUUCACCCCCAACCAUAUCAUGGUCCCGGUAUCGUACCUUGGGAUCGUGGGUGCUGGUGCUGCUUUCUCUGGAGCCAAUCCAGCCUUUACCGAGACUGAAUUGCAAUAUCAGAUUACGACUCUACAACCCAAGAUCCUGCUUGUGCACCCGAAUCUGAUCUCGACUGCAAAGGCCGCUGCCGCCAAAUCAGCCGUUCCAGGUCUGCGAUUAUACGUCUUCUCGGACCGGAGGACAGGUGCAUUGGAGGGACUCCCGGACUGGCACGACAUUCUUGGAACGCCCGAGCAGGGUGAGACGUGGCAAUGGAAGAAGCUCAGUCCGGAGGAAUCACAGACUACGAUCGCAGCCAUCAACUUCUCGUCCGGAACCACCGGGUUACCCAAAGGCGUGUGCGUAUCGCAUUUCAAUGUCAUCUCGAACGUCAAACAGAUUAAAUCGUUGUAUGACUUUGACCCUUCAGAAAAGUGGGCCGGGUUCCUGCCCCUGUAUCAUGCCUAUGGACAGUGUUACGCCAUCCUCAUGGCAACUGUUAACCACAUUCCUAUGCUCGUGAUCGGCAAGUUCGACUUCGUCGAAUACCUUCGCAUUAUCCAGGACCACAAGAUCACACGGCUCCAAACCGUCCCACCAAUUCUGAUCAUGUUGAACAAGCGACCCGAGACCGCCGACUACGAUCUCAGCAGCGUCAAGGAGAUUCUUUGUGGAGCUGCACCCCUCUCGAAAGAGCUCGAGGCCAGCGUGUCGCGGAAAUUCAACGUGCGCAUCACGCAAGGUUGGGGCAUGACUGAGACAACGUGCGCAGCAACCGGAGUGCCGUACUAUGAGAAGCACCGAACCGGGUCCGUGGGAGUGGUCAUGCCUAACACGGAGGUGAAGAUGAUUACCGAGGACGGCAAGGAGGCAAGCGUCGAGGAGCCUGGCGAACUUUACGUCCGCGGCCCACAGAUCUGUCUGGGCUACUGGAGAAACCAACAAGCCACGCUCGAGUCGUUUGACCCUGUCGAGCGCUGGUUGAAGACCGGCGACGUGGCCAUGAUGAGCCGCGAAGGAUGGUUAUCGAUCGUCGACAGAAAAAAGGAACUCAUCAAGGUCCAAGCGCUGCAAGUGUCGCCUGCGGAAGUGGAAGCCUCACUCAUAGAGCAUCCUGAUAUCGCCGACGCUGGGGUCGUCGGGAUCACCUUGGAAGACAAUGAAUGGCCUCGAGCAUACGUGGCGCUGAAGGAAGAGGCACGAGGUAAAGUCACAGAGACAGAGGUCCAAGAAUGGUUGAAUGCUCGAGUAGCCAAGCACAAGCGGCUAGUUGGAGGCGUUGCGUUUGUGCCAGAGGUACCUCGGCUGGCCAGUGGCAAGAUUCAGAGGAAGGUCAUGAAGGAAUGGGCGAAGCGGGAUGCAAUGCGUAUGGUCACGUCGCGACAGAAGCUGUGA